CCCCUCCCCUCCCCUCCCCCGCCCCUCCCGCCCUCCGCCGGGAAAGGAGAAGCGCAGGGGCGCGGCCCGGCCUCCGCCUAGUCCCGCCGACCCGGCCGCACGCAGACCUGCGUCCCGCACGCCCCGCGCCGCCCAGCCGCGUCGCCAUGUCGCUCUGGAAGAGAAACUUCUACAGGAGCAUGGCCCUGGCCCUGGCAGUCCUGGUGACAGUCACAGUUUUCCAGCGCACUCUGCCCCCUGACCAGUUUCUGCAGGAAACCCUCCCAGCCACACCGGAACCACUGAAGGGCCAGAAGCCAAGUGGCCCCCAGGUAAACUUCAAGAACUUCUGGAAGAGCCCCAGUGACAUGGUGGCCCCCAGCCCAGUGACUUCUCAGGGGCCCCAGGUCUGGGACGUGACCACCACGAACUGCUCAGCCAAUGUUAACCUGACCCACCUCUCCUGGUUCCAGAGCCUGGAGCCACACUUUCGGCAGUUUCUGACCUAUCGUCACUGCCGGUAUUUUCCUAUGCUGUUGAACCACCCUGAGAAGUGUGGGGGUGAUGUGUACCUGCUAGUAGUGGUCAAGUCAGUCAUCACACAGCACGACCGCCGCGAGGCCAUCCGCCAGACCUGGGGCCGCGAGUGGGAGUCGGCAGGUAGAGGCCGGGGUGCUGUGCGCACUCUCUUCCUGCUGGGCACGGCGUCCAAGCAGGAAGAGCGGGCCCAUUACCAGCAGCUGCUGGCCUAUGAGGACCGCCUGUACAGCGACAUCCUGCAGUGGGACUUUCUGGACAGUUUCUUCAACCUGACCCUCAAGGAGAUCCACUUCCUCAAGUGGCUGGACAUCUACUGCCCCAACGUCCCCUUUGUCUUCAAGGGCGACGAUGACGUCUUCGUCAACCCCACCAACCUGCUGGAGUUCCUGGCGGACCGGCAGCCCCAGGAGAACCUGUUUGUGGGUGAUGUCCUGCAGCACGCGAGGCCCAUCCGUAAAAAGGACAACAAAUACUACAUCCCAAUUGUGCUCUACGCCAAGCCCAGCUACCCGCCGUAUGCCGGCGGCGGCGGCUUCCUCAUGGCCGGAGGGCUGGCACGGCGCCUGCACCAUGCCUGCGACACCCUGGAAAUCUACCCCAUCGACGACGUCUUCCUGGGCAUGUGUCUGGAGGUGCUGGGCGUGCAGCCCACAGGCCACUCAGGCUUCAAGACCUUUGGCAUCUCACGGAACCGAGCUAGCCACAUGAACAAGGAGCCUUGCUUCUUCCGCUCCAUGCUCGUGGUGCACAAGCUGCUACCUGCUGAGCUGCUGGCCAUGUGGGGGCUGGUGCACAGCAACCUCACCUGCUCCCGCAAGCUACAGGUGCUCUGACGCCAGGGGGGCCACUAGCCAGCAUCCUGCGGCUGGAACACAGUGCUAGACAGAGCCUCUGGUCCCCAGGGAGGUGGAGGGUUUGGGCCUUCUAUGCCCCUGGGUGUGGCGGGGUGCAGGGAGCUGCAGGGCAACCUCCCAGGCAGAUAAUUCCCCAACUGUGAGGCUUGGGAAUGGGGUGCUGCCCAGGCUUCAGGGCAUCUGAAGAACAGCAGGGACCUUCCAAGCCAGGCUCAGCAGCAUGGCCCCUCAGACCUGCUUCGAGGCCCUGGUGGCCUCUGCCAGAAACCUGUGCUCAGGUACCCAGGCUGAGACUGGCCCAGGGGCUCUGCAGCUUCUUGUCCUCACAGGGCCGUCUCCUGUGACAUGCCUCAGUGUCCCAGGGCCCCAGCCAAAGCAGCUCAGCCCUGUGCCGGCUCACAGGUGUGCCCUCACCCCACCCCUAGGUCUUGGGGCUGACAAGGAGCUCCCGCAGAUGCAGAUGCAGCCCCCACUCCUGUCAUACCCUCAGGUCCAGAAGUGUGACCAUGGGACCCUGUCACUGGCCCUCACUACCUCAGCUAAGCCCCUCCCGCCCCGUCUUGACACAGGGUGGAAGAGCGAGUGUCCACCAGGGCCGUCGCCCUGGCCCAAAACUGGCCAGUUUGGUCCUGAAAGUGGACUUGAAUCUUACUGUGAACUUUUAUUUAUGAAGAAUUCAGAGGGAGCAGACUCUGGGCCUGAAGGGGAAGGGAUCCUCCCUCUCCCUCCCCACCUCAGCCCCACCAAGCGCCCCUGCUCUGCACAGCCCCUGAAGUCCCUCCCCACCUGCACCCCAAUUUCUCCUGUGAAGAAAGGGACAGGGGCCCAUGGUGGCAGGUUCACAGGGUGCCACCCUGACUUCGGGAAGGAGUCCCCUGGGAAAGGUGGAGGGAUGGUCUCUAUUUUCUCAAUAAAACGGGACCAGUUUUUCUCUGGCAUGAAA